GAUCUGUGUGGUGUAGCAGGGCAGGCCAAGCCCCUGAAGCCUCGGCGCUCCCUCCCUGGGACGCCCGUCGCUAACACUUUCAAACACUUCCCCAUCGACCUGCGUACAUCCAUGGACGGAAAGUACAAGGAGAUUGCCGAGGUGAGAUCACAGGGACACAGUGUUAUCAAGCACUGUCCUCCUACCAUAGUGUGUUUGUUUGUGUGUUUGUGUGCGUGCGACUGCAUGUGUUUUUUAUGUUUGUGUGUGUUAAAUGCUCAUAUUGUUUAUGUACGUUAGUGUAUAGUAAUGAUUAUUUAACUCUUCCUUUGUGUGUAAUGUGUGUUCUAAUGUUUAUUUGAUUGUGUCUCUCAGGAGCUGUUCACUCGCAGCCUGACGGAGAGUGAGAUGCGCACUGCUCCUUAUGAGUUCCCUGAGGACAGCCCCAUCGAGCAGUUGGAGGAGAGACGCCAACGCCUGGAGAGGCAAAUCAGCCAGGACAUCAAGUGAGACACACGCAGCAGCAGCAGACAUGCAUACACACCAACACAGCUCCCACAUACACACCCAAAUAACCCACCUCUACCCACAGGAACACAUACACGCUCAACAGCUUCCAUCAUGUUGUUUGCAAGCUGCCAGCUAACUAACAUAAGCAAACAGCUAAUUGAGUCAGUCCGUAGCAUUCACAUCCUAGUGUUCCAGUCUGUUCCACCCACAGGAGAGGGAGGGGGAGGGUGUUCUGUCUGUGUUGCUGGGGUGUUGAUGGCCUGUUCCACUAAGCCAAUCUCAGGGGGGGGAUCUGACACACUAAGGAAUCCUUGCUCCACUCAACGCAGCAGGGUCAUGUGACCAAUCAAGGUAUACGUACCACUGCUAACUGAUCAUGUUUCUCUGUUUGUCUCAUCCCAUCUGAUCACUCUUCACACUCUGGUCCCAUUUAUGUGUAAUGUGUGUUUCUGUGGCUCUCCUGUGUGUUUUGUUUGUGUACCUGUAUUUGCAUCCUGUCUGUGUGUCUGUCUGUCUGUCUGUCUGUCUGUCUGUCUGUCUGUCUGUCUGUCUGUUUUUGUGUACACGUGUGCUUGUGUGUUCGUGUGGCCCCUUCUCUUUCCUUUUGCUUUGCCUCACCCGUACCCAUGGUGCCCCCCUGCCUUCUGGCCUCGCUGCCCUGCGCUCCGCACUACGCCAUGCCAGGCUUGAGCCAGAGAUCCUGCUCCGCGCCAAGCAGGAGUUCAUGAAAAUCGACAGCGAUGCCGACCUGGAGUGAGUGAGCUGUCCUUUCAGUCUCUCUCUCUAUCUUUUGCCUUUUCCUAACAAUCUUGCUACUGCACAAAGUCAUGUUUUUACCUACAUCUGCACACCAUAUGUACAAUCCUUGGCACUCAUUUGCUGAAGAAUUUUAAUUUUAAAUGUAUAAUAUUGUCAUAUAUUGAGAAUAUUCCAGUCCAACUCCAUUAACUAAGUACUGUAUGAGUUCCAUGUGUGUUUAUUUUCAUUUAACCUUAAUUUAACUAGGCAAGGUGAUGAGUUGUUGAUGUUGAGUCUUCAGGGAGGCCUCUGAGGUGCCAGGCUGUUAAUACAUUUACAUUUUAGUCAUUUAGCAGACGCUCUUAUCCAGAGCGACUUACAGUUGGUGCAUUCAUCUUAAGAUAGCUAGGUGAGACAACCACAUAUCACAGUCGUAGUAAGUACAUUUUUCCUCAAUAAAGAAGUUAUUAGCAAAGUCAGUGCUAGUAGGAAGAGACAAGUGCAACGUUUUUGGUUUAAGACUGAGAUGUCUUAUUUAAGAUACUCUUUGAAGAGGUAGUGUUUCAGAGGUUUUCGGAAGAUGAGCAGGGACUCUGCUGUUUUAGCGUCAGGGGGAAGCUCAUUCCACCAUUGGGGUACAAGGCCACCAGUGUCGGGCCCAGCUGCAACCUUUCACUGUCCUAAUUGGCGCCUAUCUCCAAGCGCUUAUCACCAUGAUUUCCACUGCAUCAGCAAAACAAUUUGAUCUUCAUCUUAAAAACAUAACUCUAGAUGUCUCUUUGUAUUCAUGACCUAAAUAGUCAUUCAGUUUUAAUGCAGAUAUGCAACAGCUGAGGCCCAAUUCAUAGAGAGACUAAGACUACCUUCUGUUCUGACAUAUUUCCAACUUAACCUUCUUCAAAGUGUACAUUACCAAUAAAGUAUUGAUUAAUAUAUCUCAUAGCAGAACUAUUUACAUGAGGAUUCUAUUAGCCUUCCCUCCACAUCAUACCUCCACCCAUGCUCUCUCCUACCCUCUCUCUCUCCCUCUCUCCCUCUCUGCCUCUCUCUCUCUCUCCCUCUCUGCCUCUCUCUCUCUCUCCCUCUCUCCUUCUCUGCCUCUGCCUCUCUCUCUCUCUCUCCCUCUCUGCCUUUCUCCCUCUCCCUCCCUCUCUCCCUCUCUCUCUCUCUCUCUCUCCCUCUCUCCCUCUCUCCCUCUCUCCCUCUCUCUAGGUUUAUGAAUCAGCAGGGUGGUGUGGACAGGACGGAUGAUGGCUGGAUGAAGGAGAGAGUAUUACCGAUGGAGAGAGAGUACCAACGUGUGUCAAUAUCAGGGGAGGAGAAGUGUGGGGUGAGAGCCACUGACUAAACAACUUGAUAGAAUAAAUCCAAUCACAGUCCAUCCUGAUCUGUGUUUUAUCGUGCAGUGGUUCCUCAUUCCAAGUACUAGUUGGUUGAUCUUUCAGUGUGCCACAUGCUCACUAUGGAAGUCAAACCAAUUCAGUCAACAAACCUAUUGAGGUAAAAAGAGGAGUGGGCUUGGAAUGGACUUGACUUCGGCUUCUAUUUCUUUAGACAGUUGGAUAUACAGGGGAGACAGAGUAGGGAGGAGAGUCUGGUCUGGGUAGUGAACCCUGGUGUUCGGCGUGUGGACAGCAGCUGGGCUACAGUUGAGGCAGUGUUACCCACUCAUCCACACUCAGGCACGUUGCAAUGGCCUCUUGGCAGUGCCUGUGGAUGUCUAAUCACUGUAGACUAAGUCUGACUUGUAGUGUUCUGCCCUGCCCAGGUGCCCUUCACAGACCUGGUGGAUGCAGCUAGGUGUGUGGUGAAGGCCCUGUUCAUCAGGGAGAAGUACAUUGCCCUGUCCAUGCAGAACUUCUGUAAGACCACCGCCCGCGAGCUGGGGGAGCUGGGAGAGAAACCCCUGGACCUACGCGUCUAUGAGGAGAUCCCUGAGACCCCCGUUGAUGCAGGUAUGACACACACACUAACACGUUGGGUAUGACACAAACUGAGACACACAGGCAUAGCUAGUGUUUCUGUCCCAAUCUCCUUUAGCAAUUGACUUACUUUGUGAAAUUGUGAAUGAAAAUGUUGUAAUAUGAAUCAUUGAGGUAUUAUAGUAUGGUAAACUUUUCUCCCUUCCCUACUGUCUCCCACAGAUGCUCCAGUCCACCCCCCUGUCUCAGAGACUCACCCCUAUGAAAACCAGGACACCAAGAACAUGCCUGCAGACACAGGGUACAGCUGUAAGAUGGUGGAUGGAGUCAUGCAUGUCUAUACCAAGAAGAGCCCAAUGGAGAAGUGAGUGUGUUUGUUUGAGUCUGCUUGUUUUCAGCUAGUUUAUAGUUGAGUGUGUGAUGUGUGAUGGGCUAGUCGGGGUCUGUAUGUGUGUGUAAGAGAGAGUGGAUAACUGAUUGUCCAUCAUCUCUAGGAGUACAGAGUUGGACCUGCCCUACCCAGACCUGAAGGAGUACAUCGCUGACAUGAACGUCAUGAUGGCUCUCAUCAUCAAUGGACCAGUGUGAGUGUUACUGGGUCUUAGCUUUAGAAUCAUAGCUUUAACAUCAGUCACAUCUGUUGGCUCGGCAGUAGAAUACACUGUCACUCUGUGUGUGUGUGUGUGUGUGUGUGUGUGUGUGUGUGUGUGUGUGUGUGUGUGUGUGUGUGUGUGUGUGUGUGCGCAGGAAGUCGUUCUGCUACCGCCGGCUGCAGUACCUGAGCUCUAAGUUCCAGAUGCACAUCCUGCUGAACGAGAUGAAGGAGCUGGCAGCCCAGAAGCAGGUUCCUCACCGUGACUUUUACAACAUUCGCAAGGUGAAUGAACUCCAGCACAACAACAGUCACAACACUGGAGCACAGCAUCUACAACACGUCUAUUAUACCUGCAAAGUGUUCAAUAUCAGCUAGUCCCCCCACAUUUUUGUAGAAAAAUAUUUGGAAGUUUAUACCAGAGCUAACUAACCCAGGCUUUUUCUUUUGUCUUUCUGGCAUCCAUCCUUAACAUCUCACUGUCCCUGACUCUCCCCCCUCCCUCUGCCCCCAGGUGGACACCCACAUCCACGCUUCGUCCUGUAUGAACCAGAAGCACCUUCUGCGCUUUAUCAAGCGGGCCAUGAAGAAGUACCCUGGGGAGAUAGUCCACAUGGAGCACGGCCGGGGACAGACCCUCAUGGAGGUGUUUGAGAGCAUGAACCUGACGGCCUUCGACCUGAGUGUGGACACACUGGACAUGCACGCGGUGAGGAGAGGGGAGGGGCAAACAUAUAAUUGUUAGAGAGGGAGGGGGAGGAGAAUUGGGGGAAACUAGUGGUACAGUAAAGAUAGUGUCACCUGUCUGUUCUCAGGACCGCAACACGUUCCAUCGCUUCGACAAGUUCAACGCCAAAUACAACCCCAUCGGAGAGUCCAUCCUGAGAGAGAUCUUCAUCAAGACAGACAACCACAUCGAGGGCAAAUACUUUGGCCACAUGAUCAAGGUCUGAAACCAGCCCAUGCUACCUUAAACAGCCAUAGACACAAUUGUGUUUGUGUUAGUUCACCCCACAUAGUAAUGUACAUUCAUAUUAAGAAAUAAUUUGGUACGAUUGAAUACAAUGAUAUUGAUGUCUAUAAUGUAUUGAUGUUGUUGAUGUUCCAUCAGGAGGUGAUGGCUGACCUAGAGGAGAGUAAGUACCAGAACGUGGAGCUACGUCUGUCCAUCUACGGCCGCUCCCGGGACGAGUGGGACAAGCUGGCCAAGUGGGCCGUCAAACACCAAGUCUACUCUGACAACGUGCGCUGGCUCAUCCAAGUGCCCCGCCUCUUGUGAGUAGUGUCUGUACCUAAUAUAGCAUCAACAAAGCAGUUACCCACAUCUACCUUUAAUCAGCUUACUUGGAUGUAAACCUUUCCUUGUAUUUGUGACAGGAAUUAUGAAUGAAGGUUAUGAAUCUGUAAAUGAAGACUAUGCAUGAAUGUGAGUCUUCCAUAUUAUGUGUGAGUGACGUUAACCCUCCUCUGACUGCAGUGAUGUGUACCGCACCAAGAAGCAGCUGGCUAACUUCCAGGAGAUGAUGGAGAACAUCUUCAUGCCUCUGUUUGAGGUCACCAUCAACCCGCGCAGCCACCCUGAGCUGCAACUCUUCCUGCAGCAUGUGAGUCACUCACACAGCACUAGGCACUAGCCCAGCAGUCCACACAGUAGGAGUCUCCCUUUCCCUACACCCCAAAAUAUCCUCAAACAGACACUUCAGAUUCCAUUUUUCAGGGCCCUACCUCCUUCAUACACUCCUGGCACUGUUUUAAAGUAACUUAUUGUUGUAUCGCUGUGUGUUUGUGUGUUGUCAGGUGGUGGGCUUUGAUAGUGUGGAUGACGAGUCCAAGCCGGAGCACCACAUCUUCAACAUGGACAGCCCCCUGCCAGCCGACUGGACGGAGGAGGACAACCCUCCCUACUCCUACUACCUCUACUACACCUACGCCAACAUGACCGUGCUCAACCACCUGCGCAGGUACCAGGCUGCUUAACAAACCUCAGCACACAGACAACUAUAUCAAUGUUUUAAUAACAGAAAUGAUGAAUUAAUCACAUCAAAACCUUUAAGGAUUGUUUAUGAAUAGGCUUUAUGUUUGUUUGUGCCAUGCAGGAGGCGUGGUUUCCACACGUUUGUGCUGCGCCCUCACUGCGGGGAGGCGGGGCCUGUCCACCACCUGGUGUCGGGUUUCAUUCUGUCAGAGAACAUCUCCCACGGGCUGCUGCUCAGGAAGGUCAGUCAGCACACACACCAUAGCGACACCACACUACCAUGGCAACAACACUACUGACAAAUAGAGUUCAGUUCAUAGGUGACCUCUGAAUGAUUUGAUUGGGUUUGAUUGAUUUAUUGAAUGAUGUUUUGUCUUUUGGAGUUUGCUCAUCAGGUUUCUUCAGUUUUAAUUUAAGAGAAUUCAGGAGACCAAUCAAACCGUUCCCUUGAAUUACUGCAGUUGUACAUUCAACAAGAUAGACUAUAUUGUAUCACAUGACGUCUCUUUCCCCAGGCACCAGUGCUGCAGUACCUGUACUACCUGGCUCAGAUUGGCAUUGCCAUGUCCCCCCUGAGCAACAACAGCCUGUUCCUCAGCUACCACCGCAACCCCCUGCCUGAGUAUCUGUCCAGAGGCCUCAUGAUCUCUCUGUCCACUGACGACCCCCUACAGUUCCACUUCACCAAGGUCAGUGCACAGGGGAGUGCUGUCAAGACACAAACACACACACACACACACAGAGACAGACACACAGAGACACACACAGGCAAAUCCACCCACGCUACAACUAUGCAACUAUGGGAGCUGCAAUGGUGAGUCAGUACAGUCAGUAAGUACAAUUCACUUAAUGUUUAUUUUGUGUUUGGCCUCAGGAGCCCCUGAUGGAGGAGUACAGCAUUGCCACACAGGUGUGGAAGCUGAGCUCCUGUGACAUGUGUGAGCUGGCCAGGAACAGCGUCCUCAUGAGCGGCUUCUCCCACAAGGUGUCCAUCCGCUUCCUCUUCUCUCAUCUCUCUUUUUGCCCUGUUUGGUCUCUGAACUUCCCUUUAAUUUGUCUCUUAUAAUGGAUUAAUAAUGGAUUCAAUUCAAUUAAGUGGCGCAUGGCAGCCAUUUUGUGCCAAGUGCUCUGCUCUGACAUUCUCUCUUGUCUCCAGGCAAAGAGCUACUGGCUGGGGCCCAAAUACAGCAAGGAGGGCCCUGAGAGCAAUGACAUCCGUCGCACCAACGUCCCGGAAAUCCGCGUGGCAUACCGCAGUGAGACCCUGCUGGAGGAGCUCAACCUCAUCACCCACGCCGUGCGCACCAAGGAGCUGGACAACAUUGGCGAGGAGGACACCCUCUCCAUGGCCCCCGUGGGGGCAGAAGGACACUAACUGAACAACCCCCCCAACUUCUAACCCCUCCUCGGCCCCUACCUGCAUGACACUGAGGGGGUGCAAUAUGAGUGGACUUCAGCUUGUUGUUUAACCUCUACCUCUUACCCCCUUAUCCCCCUCCUGCUAUGGAACUGGACUGUGCACUCGUCUCUCAGCUCUCUUGUCCUAAAGCCAAGGAUACAAUGCUCCCUGAGUGUCCCCAUCUCUCUGUCGGUGAUGGGUGGGGGUCAGUAUGGACUCAGUCAUGUUCCAGUCCCCCUUCCUCCCUUAACCCAGGUUCCCUCUUCAACUCUCUCUGGUUAGGCCCUGUUUUUCCUCUCUACAUCUUUCGACUCCUCCCUUUCUCUCUAAUGCUCACUGUGAGGUUCUAUUUCAAUCAGCAUGGCCAAGGUUGGCAGGGUUAACAUCCAGUGCUUGGAUUAUUUUCUAAUACGCAUAUGGGAGGAGAGAGACUGUAGCCUGAAGUCUUUUUUUCACCUCAUCUGUUCUUCGAUCUGUUCCUGGGUCACGUUCUCUGUCACUUUGAUCUCCUGACCCUCCAUACCUUCAAACCAAAACUUAUUCCCUUUGCUUUGUCAUGUGACCCUGCAUGGGAAAAAAGGUACCACAGUUCAGCCUGUGAUUUGAUGGCAUGUUUGUACACAACACCUAUAUUACACACACACACACACACACACACACACACACACACACACACACACACACACACACACACACACACACACACACACACAAUGCACAGUUUACCCGUCCUGAAAGCUGCUUAUCUUCCAUCACACAGUCAUGCUGCCUUAAGCUCAUCUAGUAUAAUAUCUUCACAAUGAAGUAGGGAAGCAGAUACAACUCAACAGAAAUAUUAUCAGUGCAUUGUCCAUGGGUCGCCUAACCUACACAACAUAGACACACCUAAACAAUGCAUAGGUGACUGUUCCACACUACAUUGUUCCAACACCUGUUGCGCACUGAUCGGAACAGUCACAUGUAACUUAGAGUUGCAUGGAAACCGCGGUAACAAACUUCUAAUGUAUGGACGUACUGAGUUAAGAAAAACUGAGAAAGGACCAAAUCUGUGUGGUCUAGAAGCAGAAGUCGUGCACAAUUCCAGUCUGUGUCUGCUGCUGGCUAUCUGAUGGCUUUCAUCUGUCUCUGUUGUAGUGAUUUACUAGCUAAAGGAGUCCUCUCGGCUGGUCUCCCUGAUCUAAGUCAGCUCUGAACUAAAUAGCAGGCAGGACAUCCAGCAGACACACUGCAGCAGCCCUCAGGACAUGGAGCUGUGUACCUGACUGGGCUACUGCAAACAUUCCAUUAAAUUAACAUUAAGAUCAAUGUUAUUUUUUGCCGCAGAAAAAUACAUUACUGCCCUGUUUAUAACAAAUCACAUUGGUUAUAGAAUAUGCAGCCAAAAAUAGUAGAUUUAUACUAUUCCAUGAUGUGUACAAUAUACUAAAUAUCUAGAAAGGAUAUAGGUACAUGUGUGUAUAUCUUAAGAAGGAUAUCAGUCUGGUAGAGUGGAUGCUGAGAGGUGUGUAUGAUAAGAGAUGUUCAACCACAGUGUGUUUUACAAGCACAAGUCAAGAAGCAUGCCAGGGGGGCUCCCCUGUCCCCCUACCAUUACCUCAACACUCACCAUGUGCUUGGACAUGGACCCUCCACACCCCCUUGUGUAUGUGUCCCGCUCCCACCCCCCACACACCCCUUGGUCCUCUAAAGAGACCAGGACAGACCCCGGGGACUGA